CGUGAACCCACCCAAAACAAGCACAGGGGCAGUUACCCUGACGCGGAGAAGCUGCGACAUCGAAUCGAGCGACGCGGAGUGUUGAUUAUGCUGCACGAGUGGUGGCAUAAUGCUGCAGAAAGAGAGGCGUUUGGCGAAUAGACACUUGUGAGCCUGUGCUCCCCUGCCCCGAUCAAGCACUUCGUCGCGCGCAUCGACAAAUGCCAGCGCUCCACGCUGCGGUUGGGCCUUUGACAAUUCAAUAACAAGGAAUUAAACGUCCACCGCCAUGAUGACCCACUGCCACCCCUGUCGAGACAUGUCUAGCUCACCCAGCCCGCCUUGUAUAUUGUCCUCUUACGGCCGCCUAUUUUUUGUUUGACUGAACCUCCGCAAUUGCGCUGGGUGCACCUGCUCCGCUCGCCUUAAAACCGACCUGCUCAUAUAGCUCCAGCUACGCCUGACCGUUGCCCUGCAUCUUACACAAACACAGACACCACAAUGGCACGCCAACAUUCACGGUCGUCGCGGGAGCACACCUCGAGAGAGUACACAUCGCGCGAAUACACAAACGAAAAACCACGAAGACGGUCACGACAACACUCCACAAACGGUCGAAGGGACAGUCGUGCGCAGACACUGCCGCAGUACAACCACAAUGGGCAUGAGGUCACAAAGGGCAUCCACCCUGAUGGUGAGAGUGGCAGGAGGGGGUUUCAUCCGUUCCAGUUCCUGAAGAUCGCCUUCAAGAGCAGCAGUACACUUUCCCUCAUGGUUAACUGCCUGUGGCCUAUCGUCCCUGUUGCAAUUGCACUGCAUUUUGCCAAGCCAGAAUGGAAGCUGGCUAUCUUUAUCACUAACUACAUUGCCAUGGUCCCGGCUGCUAACAUGCUGGGCUUUGCCGGCCAGGAACUUGCGCGCAAGAUGCCACAGAAGGCCAUCGCCGUUGUUCUAGAGACCACGUUAGGCUCAGUCGUUGAGCUCAUCCUCUUCAUGGUGCUGCUCAAAACAGACAGACAAGGAUCGAAUGUUCCAGUCAUUAGAGCUGCCAUCCUAGGUUCUAUUCUUGCUAACCUCUUGCUCUGCCUUGGAUCAUGCUUUGUCGCCGGUGGUAUCAAGAACGACGUCCAGGAGUUCCACGAGGCUGUCUCUGAGUCUGGCAGUGGCUUAAUGCUCGUCGCUGCGAUGGCUCUCAUUCUCCCCGCUGUCUUCGCCAAGUACUUGCUCAACAACGUUGACUACGAAAUUCCCACUGCUACCUUCGUUGUCGACAACGCAACUAAGAUUUCGCGUGGGGUUGCAAUCAUCUCUCUUGUUGGCUACCUCAUCUACGUUGCCUACCAGACCAUCUCUCAUGACGGUCUCUUCCAUGAGAUUUACGAGGCUGAUGAGCACAAGGAUCUUGACCGCCACGAGGAGCUGGCAAAGCCAAAGCUUACCCUGACUGAGGCUUUCGUUGCUCUGAUCAUCUCUCUGGCCUGCGUCUCCUUGAUCGCCAUCUUCUUAGUCCAAGAGAUCGAGUUCAUGGUGGAGGAGCGUGGUGUCAGCGAUGCUUUUGUUGGUCUCAUCUUGAUCCCUCUCGUCGAGAAGAUCGCAGAACAUCUCCUUGCAAUCGACGAGGCUUACGAUAACCAAAUCAACAUGGCCAUGGCUCACGUCAUGGGCGCCUCCAUUCAGACUGCUCUACUCAACGCCCCUCUGGUUGUCUUGGUUGGCUGGGGUCUGCACGUCGAGCAUAUGGACUACAAUUUCGCCAUAUUCGACGCUGUGGCCCUUGUUCUCGCUGUGCUCGUGGUCGGCUCCUUCCUCCGCGAUGGCAAGUCGAACUAUCUGGAGGGUGUACUGUGCAUCAUGGUGUACAUCAUCAUCGCCAUCUGCGCCUUCUUUUUCCCGAACCCGGCGCAUGGCAGCGCUGCUGGUGGAGGUGCCGAGGGUGGGCACUAAAUGCAAGGUCCUCUCAAAAGAGUUGCUUCAGGACUCAACAAAUCAAGGCUCAAAUUGAACCGGUAUGGAACAGGAGUCAUAGUCGAUUCUGUAAGAUUGUUGGAGCGAGCAUCUGUGAUGCAUGACGGCAUCACUUGUCUGUUAUUUAGCGAGCGAGGAAUACCAGUGUAGAUACGAAUGAAUGCAUCGAUUAC